GCUGAUGAGGUGUUAAAAGCUGUCAAACUACCGUCCCACAUGUCUGCACAAGCAGCUGAGCUCAUUGCUCUCACUGAGGCUUGCAUUCUUUUUGCGAACAAGUCUGUCACCAUUUGGACUGAUAGUCAGUAUGCUUUCGCUACAGUGCAUGUUUUUGCUCAACAAUGGAGCAACCGUGGCAUGGUUACAUCUACGGGCAAGCCCGUCACCCAUUCUACAUUGCUACCUCAACUUUUGGACGCUGUCCAAUUACCAACCAGGGUGGCGGUCUGCAAAUGUGCUGCUCACACUACAAGGACUGAUCCUGUUUCACUGGGGAAUGCCUUCGCUGACAGGUCUGCCAAGGCCGCUGCUGAAGGCCUGCUCCAUGUCCUCUCGUCUUGCACUGAUAUUGGUUCCAUGUCGCACAUCUCCCCUGACGUGCUGCUUGACAUGCAGUCUCAGAGCCCCUCACAAGAACGGCUCUCUUGGGAAAGGCGAGGUGCAGUGAAAAACACCGAUGGUCUUUUUGUAUGACCACUAGGCAAGCCUGUCUUGCCCCGGAACUUGUAUAAGUGGGCUGCUAUUUCGAGUCAUGGGGUGACCCAUGUCUCGACGGGGGGUAUGGUGAAACAGAUUGAUUCUAUUUUUACGGCAUAUGGAUUCGCAAGUUUUUCGCAACAAUUUUGCAGAGCAUGUUUGAUUUGUGCCAAACAUAAUCCACAAGGCAACCUAAGACCUAAAAGAGGGAAGUUCCCAACUCCAAUGUAUCAAUUUCAAACAAUACAUAUGGAUUACAUCCAAUUAAAUAAGAGCGAAGGAAAAGAAUAUUGUUUGGUCAUUAUCGAUGCGUUUUCUAAAUGGAUUGAAAUUUUUCCUACCAGACAUGCAGACGCGCUCACGGUAGCAAAGGCCUUAUGCAAAGAUAUCAUUCCUAGAUAUGGUAUUCCAGAAAAAAUUUAUAGUGACAAUGGUCAGCAUUUUGUUAAUCAAGUGGUGCAAAACAUUGGGAAAAUGUUCCACAUAAACAUUAGGAACCAUUGCUCCUACCAUCCGCAGUCUGCAGGCUUAAUUGAGAGAUUUAACGGAACUAUAAAAAACAGAUUAAAGAAAUGUAUGGAGGAAACCAAACGACCGUGGACUCAGUGUCUGGAUUUGGUGAAAAUGUACAUAAAUGUAACAAGUACAACUGGGUUGACACCCUAUGAAAUCAUUUUUGGGAGGCCUUAUAGGCUUCCUCAGUUUAAGAACAUUUGGGACGUUCCAGAAGAAGCCACAUUAGCAGAUUACAUGAGAAAAAUGUUGGAACAUGUGAAAAAGCAAACCAGUAACACUGAUGACCAACCCAUCUCUCCGCAGGAAGACCCCAAAGUGGUACCGGGAGACUGGGUCUUGAUCAAGAGUAUCAAGAAGAAGAAUUGGCACUCCCCCAAGUGGGAAGGUCCCUUUUUGGUAUUACUCACAACUCCGAACGCUUUAAAAAUAGCUGAGCGCAACACGUGGAUUCAUCUGUCUCACUGCAAAAAGGUGAUCUCCGCAGACCCAACCUAAGUAAGGAAGGUGAGCAAAGUCUGGUAAUAGUGCCUGAUUCUGGUGCCAAGAUCCAGGGUUGACGCGAAAGCCAGCGGAAGAUUUCCAAGACACCAACCUGAAGCUCAGGGAGUUGACUCUGAGGAGAUC